UACUUGUUCGCUUCUGCAUUCUUCGUCCCGAGGCUCGUAUUAUUUUUCGAGGGGGCACUACUGCGUUUUUUCGUCUCCUUUUCUCCCUCCUGUUGCCGCCUCCUCUCUCUUCUGCUUUGCUGUCAAUUCGUCUGUACUCUCUGUGCUGUGCUGCGUUCGCGCAUUGUUUGCGGAACCCCCGGGAAGUUUUCGGGUGAUGCGACGUCUCGUUUUCGACCCGGAACGGCCAAUAUUUCUCCCUUUUCGACGUGGUUUGACGGCGAACUCAGCGAGUCUCUAACAUGGCACCCCAACGAAAAUACUACACCGUUGGCGUGUCCAAUAAAUUCUCAGCUUUUGCGGACAAUGACAGCGAAGGAGGGGAUUCGUCGGGUGAAGAGGACGUGAUUCUCUCUUCGCCUCCUGUGCCCACAGCAGAAACGCAAAGUACCGGCAAACAGCUGUCCGGGACGAACGCCGGAAGCGCCGCGGGGAAGAAGGCAAACGAAGGCGUUUCUGCUCACCACGACUCUGAAAGGCGCCCCAGAGCUUCUGCGGGAGGUCGCUACGGCCGCGAGGACCAGAGCGCAGCGAACGCCUACCGCCAGGGGGAGUUUGGAGGUCGGGGCCGGGGGGGUCAGCGCGGGAGAUUUCCUCGAAGAAACUUUGUCCAGGGCGAAGAGAACGAGGAAAAUGUCGAGCAGACGUUCGGCGUGCGUCGCGGAAACUUCCGCGGAGGCCGAGGCCGCGGCGGAUUCUACUCGCGAGGCCGAGGCGGGGUCCAGGGCGACCGCCACACUGCCGCGGCUAUGGGGGGCCGGGACCCCAAGAAGGGAGGCGGCGGCGCGCACAACUGGGGUGACGACGAACGCGUAGCUGCUGCGGGAGAACAGGAAGUCGAGAAGACUGAAGAAGAGAAGGAGAAGAGACAGGACAGCGAAGAAGCCGAAGAAGAAAAGAAGGGCGGAGACGAAGACGUUGAGGAGGAGAAGAAGGAUGAAGAAGUGCUGGACCUGGAGGCCUACAAGAAGAUGCUCGAAGGCAAGCGUCAGAACUUGCCGAACUUCAUCAAGAAGUCGAACAAGAAGAUCACAACAGACCAGGAACUCGAGGCGCAAGGCUACACCUUGCACGUGAAGGAAGGCCGCGAAGAAGAGGAGGAAGAAACUGCUUCGGAGGAGGAAGACGAGCACGCAGAGCCGAAGAAAAAGACCAUGAACGUCUUCGAAUAUAUUCACAACGGAGGCGGACGUGUCAACCUCUUCCCCAGCCGCAGGAGAGGCCGCGGAGGCGCAGGACCGUCUGGCUCGCGGGAGUUCCGUGGAGGACGCGGCCGUGGACGCGGGGGAAGCUUCGUCAAGAGCCGUGACGCUCCUGACAUCCAAGACGAACGCGCUUUUCCCACUUUGGGAGGCCGCUAGAAGCCGUAGGAGUGUCAACUGCGCGACUUCGACUUGGAGUCGGGAAAAGCUCGCAGUGGCGCACACGAGAGUCAAAGCAACGGAGACGGAGGCCGUUUUGCGACGGAAACAUUUAGGUGUCGAGGCUGGUGUGUGCAGAAGCCGAAGGGGACGCACCACGGCGGCCCGCGAAGAACUCUGUCGAAAGUGUUUUUCCAUCUGCGUGGGUGAAACGCAUUUUCAUGUCUAGAUGCCGACUCUUUCUGCUGUUCGUCUAUUGUCCAAAACAUGUAAACAGCAUCAAACGCCCUCUGUCGGGACUGGACGGCGUCGUCGCGAGGCGAAGCUCCUGCUCGCGAGUCUGUCUACGAAAAUCGACGUGUCUGCAUUUCUUGCCAGCACUCGGUCUCUGGAAAAGCAUGUGUCUGUGUGCAGUGUGUCUGUGGUGCUUGGGAGAGUUCCUUCACUCCGGCUGUUUCGUUCGAAGCAACUGCGUCGUCCAGGCACAUACGUGCUAACGGCGACUUCCAGUCCGGUUCCGAAAACCCGUCCACGGCGAAAAUUUAUUUCUGCCAAAUGCG